CGUCACAGACAUCGACAAGCCCCAAGACUGUCAGGACAUCCUUGACAACGACGAGACCACGCCCAGCGGCGUGUACAUGGUUUAUCCACGGGAUAACCUGGGCGGCUUCCUGGUCUUCUGUGAUAUGGACACGGACGGAGGCGGCUGGACGGUAUUCCAGAGACGCCAAGACGGAACCGUGGACUUCUACCGGGGCUGGGCGGACUACAAGACCGGCUUCCCUUCCAACCUGAACGGCGAGUUCUGGCUGGGGAAUGACAACUUGUACCGCCUGGCUGUGCAGAAAGUCUACCGGCUCAGGGUGGAUUUGGAGGAUGUGGAGGGGAACACGGCGUACGCGGCUUACGACACGUUUGCCAUUUCACCUGAAUCACAGAACUACAAGCUCCACAUAGGGACUUACAGCGGUACUGCAGGGGACAGCUUGAUGUUGCAUGACGGGAAACCAUUCAGUACCAAGGACAGAGAUAACGACGACCGCACGUACAGCUGUGCUCAGUCACACAAAGGUGCGUGGUGGUACACAAGCUGUCACUACUCCAACCUGAACGGCCUGUACCACCUGGGUACUCAUGGGAGUUUCGCUGACGGAGUCAUCUGGUACCACUGGAAGGGUCAUAACUACUCCCUGAAGCGCACUGAGAUGAAAAUCCGACCAGCUCCAUAAUGCCACAGCAACUAAAUUUUAUGGAUGACAUCCUUCGCAGACUCCAAAUCUAAUGCAAGCGGGCGAAAAAAAAACAAGGCGGGCCG